GCACAUGCACAUGCAGGAGUGGUAAAAAUGUCGAGUCUCCUUGCACCCUUCUACUUUCCCAGAAAAUUACAUAAAAUCAAACACCUCUGUUCCAGAUGCUUUCCAUGUGCAUUAACCAACCCUCAAACCAGAAAACACCUUAUGGGAAGCUUCCCUUUACCUUCUUAUAUAUAUGAAACAGUUGUAGCUGAUCUAGCAGAAUCCUUACCACCGUCAAAUGGUUAUGCACACAUCCUCAUAAUGGCAUGCCCACUUACUAACUUUAUCACCUGUUUUCCGCUUAAAAAUAAAACAGCCACUACGGUUGCCUUUCAUUUCCAGUAUGGAAUCUUUCAAAAUCAUAGAGUGAAAUAUUUUCUAGCAGAUAAUGGUCCUUGCUUCAUAGAGAAAAAUUUUCUGGCCCUACUUCAUACGCUCAGAGUACAACGUGUUCAAAUCAGUUCCCUUCAUCCCCAAGCCAAUGGAAAGGCUGAAAGUUCGCUUAAAACCUUGAAAUAUCUGUUGAAAAAGACACUUUCUCAUUUUCCUGACGCCCCGUGGACCAAUCUACUGCCCAUUUUGGUUAAACAGUUAAACUGUACUCCAUACCCUUCUACCGGUUUCUCCCCAUUAUCCUUGUUACAUGGUCAAAACUCCCCAUCUGCGGAUUCUCCAUUUCAGGAACCAACCUCAUCAAAGGUCUACCCAUUAUUACAAAAUUUUAAAACGCAAAUGACUGAUAAAAUGAUAGAAACGGAUCAAAUCACGUCUUUUAUUAGAAAAGAAAUUCAACUCCGAAAAGCAGAACUGCAACAAAAAAUUAACAAAACCCAUAGCUCUACACCCUACAAUGUUGGAGAUUAUAUAUUUGUGAAAGAUCGCUCCAUUAUUCCCGGUGUUAAUCCUUCGUUAAGACCUACCUAUAGUGAUGACCCUCACAUCAUCAUUAAUGAUCGUCCCACUACUUUAGUCACCCAACGUUUAUGUGACACUUUUAAAGGUGUCUAUGCAAAAGAUGAUGAUAAAAAAUACAACCGCCUAGAUGCUAGUUUUUCUCAUCUUCUCUCUGAGGUCUGUAAUGUUCUAAUAAAUAAAUUUGCUGACCUGGAUAAAUUAGAUUCGACUAUUAUCCAAAAACAUGCUGAAAUCCCGAUUUCACAAGGUCUUGACCUACACCCUGAUAUAUUUCAUUUACCUCCUCAUGAUACUUUAGAUUCUCAACACAAUACCUUACCCGCUCUAUCUUUCCCAACAAAUCAGUCCGAUGCCACCACUUUUGAUAAUAAAGCUACAACUCCCACUGAUGCCACCACUUUUAAUAUAAAACCUAAAAAUCUCACCAAUGCCACCGCUUUUAAUACAAACGCUGGAAAUCUCACUGAUGCCACCACUUUUGAUGCAGAACCUACAAAUCUUACCGAUGCCACCACUUUUGUAGAAAAUGUCAACAUUUCACCUAAUCAUCAACCAUUGCAAACUUUGUCUCAAGAUAAAAAUGCUAUUACCUCUUCACUCUAUAUACCUACUUCUCUCCCCUCUAAAGUUUCCAAAUCACCUGUUCCUCAACCUGAUUAUAUGAUAUCUCAUACUCAUCAAUAUAGAACCCGAGCCCGAGCCGUAUCAAACCCCACGUCAGAUAGUUCAGACAGUUCAGACAAUGAAGACUUACCUCUUAAAACACAGGCUUGAUCUCUUUCAGUACUUCCUUCCAAUAAUUACUGUUUUCUCACACCCGCACACUUACACUGAGAAAUCUUAAUGUAACUCAGAUUUCAUUUCAAUCAACUAUGAGAGGUAAUUUCUAUCCUAGUUACUCUGAUUUUUAAAACCCGCAAAUAUAUACCCAUCCAUCCUACCCCAUUUUUUGGGCACUCUUUAAACAUUUCAAAUAUUCCCUACCAAACAUAUACAACAUAUAGAGCCUUUGACAAUUCAUUAAUUUAUUUCUUAUGUUCUCACUCACAACCUCAAUGCUCUGAAUGACUUAUAAAUGAUUCCUGUAUCUCAGGAUUAAAUAGUAAACAUUUUAAUUGUGCUAAUUUAAUUUGUAGAUUUUUUUUGAAAAAUUGAGAUCCCUGUUCUGACGCCCAAGGGUAUACUAGUCCCGGCUUCCUGUCAAAUAGAAGUUCUUUCUAUACUUCCUCAAGAACAACUUUCUCCGCCCCUGCUCUAGCAAAGGUCCUUCCCUCAUUCGCAUUGUUUCUAAGCUCACUGAAUUUUACCCCUUCUUCUUUUAUAAUCCUUGCCGUGUUCCCAACCUAGUCGGAUCUCCCAGGUCUAUCAUAUCCGCCUCCCUUCGCCGAACCUGCAAACCUCCGCCGCCACUAGGAGUCCUAUAUAGUACAUCUCUGCGCCUUCACCCUCAUUUUCCUUUAAUAUCUGUACUUAUCCCUCCACCUUCUCACACACCUCUUCAGCUGCAUGAGCACCUUCUCCAAUACUCAGCUUUCAACCUGUAUCGUCUGCUCCAGUCUGCUCCGAGCCUGAUACCGCAACCUAAUAAGCUCCGCCUCAGCCGGAACAUUAUUUGCUUUAAUUAUCUACAUUUUUUUUGCAUUUCUUGCUCUUGUUACAUGCUUCCCAAUAAUUCAGUCUGAAUCUUUCCCGCCACUCCAGCUCAAUCUCCAACCUUCUCCAGUCCAGUUGCGUACUCCACCAUCUCCGUCAUGGUUUCUUUCACACUCUCCACUAUCAUCUACAUGUCCUGCUUUGUGACGCUGCUCACGACGGUGGUCACCACGCUCAAGGUUUGCUCUGCUGCUCCAGCCCUGUUCAGAACGCUCUGGUUCAAUGACCCCCCUCCUCAUUAUGCUCUGAAACACAUACUUUAUUACAGGAAAAUAUAAAAUUUAGAAAGAAUAUAUAUAUAUCACUAUUACAACUCUAAUAUCUUUGAAUAUACAAUCCAAAAUGAUUAAUUUAAUUUUCUUUAAAACUUGCAAACAGAAAAACUUUUUACUUUUCUUACACAAUGGCGAUUACAAUAACUUUAUCAUUUUACUUUUAGUUUGAGUAACAUUAAAUAAAGAAAAUAAACGAUGUAAUUGUAAAACAUACCUUCUCCCAUAUUACAAAUUACAUUUCUUUCCCAUUUAGUUACAAUACUACAUUUUCACGUUUAUCUUUCAAAUAUAUUUCUCACAAUUUUAUAUUGAAAAUGUCUG